GUUGCCGCCUGUUGCCCGAGGUUCCUGCCCAGUGGUAGGUUGCCGCCUGUUGCUGGAGACCCCUGCCCAGGGGUAGAUUGCCUGCCUGUUGCCCGAGACCCCUGCCCAGUGGUAGAUUGCCGCCGCCUGUUGCCCGAGGUCCCUGCCCAGUGGUAGGUUUCUGCCCAGUGUGGUAGGUUGCCGCCUGUUGCCCGAGGUCCC